UUACUGGAGGAAGUUUACUGGAGUGAAAUGGAGGCCUCAGUAAUAUUACCCAUUCUGAAGAAAAAACUAGCCUUCCUUUCAGGAGGAAAGGACAGACGAAGUGGCCUCAUUCUCACAAUUCCAUUAUGCCUGGAACAGACAAAUAUGGAUGAGCUGAGUGUCACCUUAGACUACCUACUCAGCAUUCCAAGUGAAAAGUGUAAGGCUAGAGGAUUUACCGUGAUUGUGGAUGGCAGAAAAUCCCAGUGGAAUGUGGUGAAAACAGUAGUCUUAAUGCUACAGAAUGUUGUUCCAGCUGAAGUGUCCCUUGUUUGUGUAGUAAAACCAGAUGAAUUCUGGGAUAAGAAAGUAACACAUUUUUGUUUUUGGAAAGAAAAGGAUAGACUUGGCUUUGAGGUUAUUUUAGUGUCAGCCAAUAAAUUGACUCAUCAUAUAGGACCAUGCCAGUUAACAGAAGAUUUUGGUGGGAGUCUCACCUAUGAUCACAUGGACUGGUUAAAUAAGAGGCUGGUUUUUGAGAAGUUUACAAAGGAAUCUACAUCAUUAUUAGAUGAACUUGCUCUGAUUAACAAUGUAAGUGAUAAAGGAAAUCAAGAGAAAGAAAGGUCUGUGGAUUUAAACUUUCUUCCAUCAGUUGAUCCUGAAACUGUUCUUCAGACAGGGCAUGAAUUGUUAUCCGAAUUACCGCAGCGUCGAUUUAAUGGCUCAGAUGGAGGGGUCUCAUGGUCUCCUAUGGAUGAUGAACUGCUUGCACAGCCACAGGUUAUGAAAUUAUUAGAUUUACUGCGAGAGCAAUAUACCUGCUACCAGGAAGUUUGUAGGCAACGUAGUAAGCGUACACAGUUAGAAGAGAUUCAACAGAAGGUGAUGCAGGUUGUGAACUGGCUUGAAGGGCCUGGAUCAGUACAGCUGAGAGCCCAGUGGGGGACUGGAGACUCCAUUCGGGCUUCCCAAGCCCUACAGCGGAAGCACAAAGAGAUUGAGAGCCAGCACAGUGAAUGGUUUGCAGUUUAUGUGGAACUUAAUCAGCAAAUUGCAGCACUCUUAAAUGCUGGGGAUGAGGAAGAUCUUGUGGAACUGAAGUCGCUGCAGCAACAACUUAGUGAUGUUUGUUAUCGACAGGCCAGUCAGCUGGAAUUUAGGCAGAAUCUCCUACAGGCAGCUCUUGAAUUUCAUGGUGUUGCCCAAGAUUUGUCUCAGCAGUUGGAUGGCUUGUUAGGGAUGUUGUGCGUAGAUGUAGCACCAGCUGAUGGAGCAUCGAUUCAGCAAACUUUAAAACUGCUUGAAGAGAAGCUGAAAAGUGUUGAUGUAGGAUUGCAAGGUUUGUGUGAAAAAGGUCAAGGUCUUCUGGAUCAGAUCUCCAAUCAGGCAUCCUGGGCCUAUGGAAAGGAUGUAACCAUUGAAAAUAAAGAAAAUGUGGACCACAUACAAGGAGUGAUGGAAGAUAUGCAGCUUAGGAAACAAAGAUGUGAAGACUUGGUGGAUGUGCGAAGAUUAAAGAUGCUUCAGAUGGUGCAGUUGUUUAAAUGUGAAGAAGAUGCUGCCCAGGCAGUAGAAUGGCUAAGUGAACUUCUGGAUGCUCUUCUUAAGACACACAUCAGACUGGGUGAUGAUGCUCAGGAAACGAAAGUUCUACUGGAGAAGCAUAGAAAAUUUGUUGAUGUUGCACAGAGCACUUAUGACCAUGGAAGACAGUUGCUGCAGGCCACAGUUGUGCUGUGCCAGUCUUUGCGCUGCACCUCUCAGUCGUCUGGGGAUACUCUUCCUCGACUGAACAGAGUAUGGAAACAGUUUACAAUAGCAUCUGAAGAGAGGGUACAUAGGCUGGCAAUGGCUAUUGCGUUUCACUCCAAUGCUGUAAAGAUUUUGCAAGACUGUCCAGAAGAGCCUGAAGCUAUUAAUGAUGAGGAGCAAUUUGAUGAAAUUGAGGCAGUUGGGAAAUCACUUUUAGAUAGACUAACUGUUCCUGUAGUUUAUCCCGAUGGAACUGAACAAUAUUUGGGAAUCCAAGUGACAUGGCUUCUACUGCAGAACACAUCAAAGACAGGAUGA